GUGAGUUACCCUGAUCAAAUACGGUCGGUUUGUCAACAGUCACAGCCUCCAAUCAUGGUGAAAAUGUCAAAGGAGCAGUCUUGAAAUAUUCGUGAAUAGUAAUUUGUAAAGUCAUUCUCCCAGGAACGUUCAUAAUAAGUAUCUGAUUUCUAGAAUUUGCUUCUGUUUGCGUAUGGAAGAUCACGUGAAAACAGACCAUAGGGGUUUUAAUCUUCACAUUUCGCUUUCUAUAUAUUUUUAUUUUUCUCUAAUGACUGGUUUUCGUCUUUAGAUUUUAUUAUGCUACAGAGCCAUAUGUCUGACAGUCCGAUAGUUUUCAUGCCUUCUCAGUAGGCCCAGUAACUUGUGGUUGAUUAUGGUAUCGUUUCCUCUUUUCGGUUGUGGGCGCAGCUAUGCCUUUUGUUAAAUGCAUAUGUAGCUGUUGAUUGACAAGAUGAUCGAUUCUGGACAUUAAUUCAGUGGGCCAUUUAAGCAGUUUCCCCGUCAUCUCUCUCUCUCUCUCUUUUCACCUUUCAGAUUUCAUUUGUUAUAAGUUCAUACUGUCGCCUAAUCCCACUUUAUUCAUAUAUAUAUGCAUGCUUCCGAUGUCGGUGUCUACGUGCCAAUGCAUAUGCGGUGUUAACUACAUAUUUUUAAUGCAACAGCACGCGAUAAACAUUUGGGGUCUCACAAAAUUUGCAGAACCUUGAGAAUGUCUGGGAAGGUGGUUUUUCAUUGACAAAACACUGGGUUGAAGUGAUUUAUAUUGCCAGGGUCUGACUAAACCAUCCUAGACUAUCGCCAAGUUCUCAUAGACGACUCAGCUGAGAAUCUGGUAGAAAUGGACCCGAUAUCCAAUCAUUCCUCGCCUGUUUUCACUGAAACUGCUCCAUUCAACAAGUCAAGAUCGCUUUGCUUGCAUUCCAAAGUGCUUCCGCGGUCUGCAACAGCUGCUUAUUCUCCCAGCUUGUAUCUGACAAUUCCAAGGAAAAAGACUAUCUUACUUGAUGAUGUCCGUUCAUCGGGUUGGCUGGAUGCAAUGAAAUCAUCGUCUCCUCCAGCAAGGAUGAAUAAGGACAUCAACAGUGACCUUAAGAAUCAAGAUGAUCUGGAUGAUGCUUAUCAAACUUGGAUGCUCAAGUAUCCAUCAGCAUUAAUAUCAUUUGAACAAAUUAUGACUUGCGCAAAGGGCAAGAGGAUAGCAUUGUUUCUAGACUAUGAUGGGACUCUCUCCCCGAUUGUAGACAAUCCAGACCUUGCCUUCAUGUCUGACACUAUGCGUGCUGCUGUGAGAAAGGUGGCCAAAUGCUUCCCUACAGCGAUAAUUAGCGGUCGAAGCCGAGAUAAGGUUUUCGAAUUCGUGAAAUUGAAUGAACUCUACUAUGCGGGUAGCCACGGGAUGGACAUCAUGGGACCUCGCAGAUGUAAUUUUUCUAGUAACCGUACGGGCUGCGUACAGUCAACUCACAAGCAGGGCAAGGGAGUUUAUUUAUUCCAACCUACUAGUGAAUUCUUACCCAUGAUUGAUGAGGUUUAUAGAUCUCUUGUCGAGCUUACUAAAGACAUUGAGGGAGCGAAAUUGGAGCACAAUAAGUUCUGUGCUUCGGUGCAUUACCGCAAUGUUGAUGAGAAGAACUGGAAUGCGGUGGCACAGUGUGUACAGGUUACGCUAAAAAACUACCCACGUCUACGUCUGACUCAUGGGCGGAAGGUAUUAGAGAUCCGGCCUAAGAUUAAUUGGGACAAGGGGAAAGCCGUCAUGUUUCUGCUUGAAACAUUAGGGAAAUAAUUCUGGGCUUUAGUUCUCUACUCUAUAUAUACAUGUAUAUAUAUGUCCAGCUAUUGCUAAUUAUAUUGUACGGGCUGAGGAUGUUUUGUUUUCUUUUGUUAUAAAAUGGUUGGUGCAUGACAGUUGACGGGAAUUAUAAUGUUUGCUGCAGGAUUAAACAAUUGUAAAGAUGUGAUUCCAAUAUACAUUGGAGAUGACAGGACAGACGAAGAUGCAUUUAAGGUUCUGAAGGAGGGAAAUAGAGGUUAUGGCAUAUUGGUAUCUUCCACUCCCAAGGAAAGUGGCGCCUCUUGCUCUCUCAGGGAUCCUUUGGAGGUUAUGGAGUUUCUCAAGUCCCUGGUGAUAUGGAAAAAGUCAGGUUCAUUAUAGAAAUUAAUUGAUAAUCUUUCCUGAUA